ACAGAUGAAUAACCAAGAACAUGAUUUCUUGCCAUCCAAAUUUGUUCUCUUCAAUCAUCUAUCAACCCAAAAACCUUUUCUAAAUCCAUCCCAUCCCCUAAUACUAAUUGAAUAGAAUGCUUCAUGAUUGCUUUCAAUCUCCUGACGUUUGUGUUUGAUUACAUCUCGAGACGAUGAAAUCCAGUUGGAGGUUUGAAUUUGGUUUCAUUCUGUUAUUAGCUCUGAAUCAAAACCUACGAACAGCUUUGGCUUCCGAAUCAUCAAAGCAAGCCUAUGUAACCCUUUUAUAUGGAGAUGAAUUCGUGUUGGGAGCACGUGUUCUUGGGAAAUCGAUUCGUGAUACCAGAUCCACCAAGGACAUGGUCGUUUUGGUAUCUGAUGGUGUUUCCGACUACGCCAAGACCCUUCUCCAGGCUGAUGGUUGGAUUGUGACGCCAAUCAGUCUAUUGGAGAACCCUAAUCAAGUGCGACCAACAAGGUUUUGGGGGGUAUACACGAAACUGAAGAUAUUCAACAUGACCGAUUACAAAAAAGUGGUUUAUCUUGAUGCUGAUACAAUCGUGGUCAAGAAUAUUGAUGUUUUAUUCAAAUGCGGAAAAUUCUGUGCCAACUUAAAACAUUCAGAGAGAUUGAACUCAGGUGUUAUGGUAGUAGAACCAUCUGAAGAACUUUUCAACGACAUGGUGAGCAAAGUGACAACAUUGUAUUCUUAUACUGGAGGUGAUCAAGGUUUUCUGAAUGCCUAUUAUGCUGGAUUUCCGAGUGCACGUGUUUUUGACCCUAACGUUUCUCCUGAAGUGCUGGAUUCUAGACCAGUUGCAGAAAUGGAGAGACUUUCUACUCUCUAUAAUGCAGAUGUUGGACUUUACAUGCUUGCUAACAAGUGGAUGGUUGAUGAGAAAGAACUCUGUGUUAUACACUAUACACUUGGCCCUCUCAAACCAUGGGAUUGGUGGACAUCCUGGCUUGUAAAACCUGUGGAUAUAUGGCAGGAUGUCAGAGAACAUCUAGAGGAAUCUCUCCCUGGAACUGGAAGAGGCAGAGAUCCUCAUAACGAUCUUCUAGUCAGAAUUCUCUUCCUGUUCCCAUUGUUCAUUUUACUUUUCUGUUACUAUCGAUCUUUUCUGCAGACACGUUCUUUAUGCGAUCAUGCUAGACAUAUAUACUACAAAUUUAGAUCUGGAGGUGCACUUGCCUAUUCUACAGUAUCUUCAUCCAACAUUAAUUCUAAUCAACAGUUCUCUAAUGGUGUGCAUUCCAUGGUGCCUGCUUUCCUUGGUGGAAUUUCCAUAUUGGUCUGUUUCAUGGCUGUGAUUGUGUCUCUUGGAUUUGGUUUUUCGGUUGUGCCGCGGCAAGUGAAGCCAUGGACUGGGUUGGUUCUGAUGUAUGAGUGGAUCUUUACGACCUUCUUUCUGCUGUUUGGAGGUUAUUUGCACAUAAUAUAUAAAUGGGGGAAGAUGGUGGCAAGUCAAACAGGAAACCCUCGUCCUGGAGCUUCAGAUUAUGAUUUUGAAAAAGGUCAUCAGAGGGUUUCUUGUGACGUUGCACCAUGGUACUAUGGGUUAGGGAUGGCAUUUCUGGCUGUUGCUGCCCCUUUAGCUCCUGGUGUUUUUGGGAUUAAUGCUUUAUUUUUGAGGCUAAGUAUGAUGGCUGGGGGAGGUUUGAUUUUUGCAUGUUUUACCACAUAUGCAUCAGAACAGCUGGCCAUCAGGUCGUUCAUGAGAGGCCUUGAAGAUAGGGAUACAUCGAGAACAAGGAACGUUUGUUUCUUAUGCUGCUAAUCGGAUCCAGUUAAUACGAAAAUGUAAGUUAUGAAUUACAUGUACAUCUUCCAUUAUUCUACCUUCCUUUCGGAGGAAUUUCGAUUUCAUUCGUCUACAAUUCUUUAAUGUAUAUCUGCGAUGUAAUUAUGGGGAAAUUGGUUGUUGCAAUUAAUGG